GCUAGAGCAUGAUUAUGUUGGUGUUGUUUUAAAAUAUUAUUAUAGACAUUUACUCAAAACUUUGAAUAAAAUCUUCAAAAUAUGGCUCAUAUAUCAUAUCCAUAUAAAAAAGUAAAUAAGGCAGUCUUUCAAAAGCCAGUGACUGCCAGCACAAAAGAUUUAAUAUACUGGAAGAAACUUGGUUUACCAGUACUUGUAAAGGAAUUUGGUGCAAUAGAUUAUAUUGACUUUAGCCCAGUUGAACCACACUAUUUUGCUGCAACAUGUUCAGUCAGAGUUCAGGUAUACGACCCAAUCACAAAAGUUGUGGCAAAGAAUAUUUCAAAAUUUGUAGAAGCUGCAUAUGGAGCCACUUUCCGAGGUGAUGGGAGACUGCUUGUUGCAGGCAGCGAAGAGGCUGCAGUUAAAUUGUUUGAUGUUCAAUCUAAGAGUGUACUUAGAGUUUUUACUGGUCAUACUGGGCCUGUACACAGAACAUUUUUCACAAAGGACCAAGUGAAAGUUAUCAGUUUCUCAGAUGAUAAAUCAGUAUGUCUAUGGGAUAUAGCAACUGAAGAGAAAAUUGCCAGCUUUUCUGAACACACAGAUUAUAUAAGAGCUGGAGCAGCAAGUCCUGUAUCACCAGAAAUUAUUUUAUCAGGCGGUUACGACCAUGCCGUUAAACUCUAUGAUUGUCGUUGCAAUGAAACUGUGUUAACAGCAAACCAUGGCAGUCCUGUUGAAUCAGUACUCUUCCUUCCAUCUGGUGGAAUAUUUAUUAGUGCAGGAGGCACCGAAAUUAAAGUAUGGGAUAUAUUUAAUGGUGGAAAAUUAUUAGCAAAUAUUUCACAGCACCACAAGACUGUUACUUCUCUACGGCUGGCAAACAAUAAUAGUAGACUAAUGUCUGCAUCAUUAGAUAGACGUGUUAAAAUUUAUGAUAUUUCAACAUUCAAAGCUGUUCACACCAUUGAUUUUCCAAAUGCCGUGCUGAGUAUGGAUAUUUCAGAAAAUGAUGAUAUUCUCGCAGUGGGAAUGAUAGAUGGUGUUAUCUCAAUACGAAAACGAGAACAACCAGUGAACCAGUCUGUUGAAAAUAAAGGAAUAUUCAGGUUUGCUCCAGACCACAUUGACCCACAACAAACUGUUGAUGUAGUUGUAUCUAAAUCUAAACCUAAAACAGAACCAGAGGCUGAUAAACAUAUGAGGAAAAUGGAAUUUUCCAAUGCUUUGUCAGUUGUCUUAAAACCAUAUACAGCUACAAAAUACCCAGAAAAAACAGUUGCUAUUAUGCAAGAACUUCUUAGAAGAAAAGUUUUACAUGUUGCUAUAGACAAAUUGCCAGAAAAAAAUAUAGGAGCAUUAUUAAAGUUUUUGAAGAAAAACAUAGGUGAAACAAGAUUAAUGAGAACUGUUAUUGAUGUAACCAAUGUUUUUAUAGAUGUAUUUGAGACAAGAAUGUCCUUACUUUCAGAAAAAAACAUGUACUUGUAUAAAACACUAAAAAAAGAUAUUGAAUGUGAAAUUGAAGUGUGUAAAAGGGUCAGUGAAUUGGAAGGUGCAAUAGGUUUACUUCUUGCAGCAGCCCAAGUUGGCAGUGCAAAUAACAUUGAUUAUAAUGAUAUUUUAGCCCCAUCAUCAAAGGCGCAGAAAGAAAUUAUUAUUGAUGUAUAAAUAAAAUAAAAAACCUAAAGACAUUA